AUAGGAACCAGCGGUAUGUCAAUUUUCCGUUCCCCAGCCAAGAUGGCGGAGAGGCGGGUCAAGUAUCUUCGGUUGACCGCCCUCCGUCAAGAGGGCAACGAAGUGGGUGCCCUGGCUCAAGUGUUCUGGUCCCUGGCUGAAGGCCUGGGAUACAAUGAUGCGGCCCUUAAGGACCACUUCAAUGGCGGCCUGGAUGAUCCAGUGCCUCAGGCAGAGAUGGAGCAGUUAGAGACGCUGGAGUUCUGGGAAUUCGUGCGCUACCUGCAGUUUCGGUGUCGGUGGGAUGCCCCAGCCACUCCUGUCUCUUCCGGCAGGGUGGUCGUCAGCCCAGCACCACUGCCCAGGAUGGCCGUCAGCCCAGCGCCACAGUACAAGAUGGCCGCCAACCCAGCGCCAAUGCCCAAAUUGGCCACCGGUCCAGCACCAGAGUACAAGAUGGCCGUCAGUCCAGCGCCACAACACAAAAUGGCCACCAGCCCAGCGCCACAGCACGAGAUGGCCGCCAGCCCAGCGCCACAGCAUGAGAUGGCCGCCAGCCCAGCGCCACAGCACAAGAUGGCCGCCAGCCCAGCGCCACAGCACAAGAUGGCCGCCAGCCCAGCGCCACAGCACGAGAUGGCCGCCAGCCCAGCGCCACAGCACAAGAUGGCAGACUCAAAGCCUGAGUCUCCAGAUAAGGUGCACAAUGCUGUCCCGGAGGUAGAGGCGGUGCACGAUGCUGUCCCGGGGGCAGAGGCGGUGGCCAAUGCUUUUCCGGAGGCCGAGGCAGUGCCCGUUGCUGUUCCAGAGGCCGAGGCGGUGCCCGAUCCUGUUCUGGAGGCCGAGGCGGUGCCCGAUCCAGUUCUGGAGGCCGAGGCGGUGCCUGAUGUCGAGGCAGCGCCCAUUGCUGUUCCAGAGGCCGAGGCGGUGCCCGAGGCCGUUCCCGAGGCAGUUACCAAGGCGGUGCCCGAGGCUGUUCCAGAGGCCGAGGCGGCGCCCGAUCCAGUUCUGGAGGCCGAGACGGUGCCUGAUGCCAAGGCGGCGCCCGAUCCAGUUCUGGAGGCCGGGGCGGUGCCCGAGGCUGUUCCCAAUGCAGUUACCGAGGCGGUGCCCGACGCUGUUCCAGAGGCCGAGGUGGUGCCCGAGGUCGAGGCAGCGCCCAUUGCUGUUCCAGAGGCCGAGGUUGCACCCGAGGCCGAGGCGGUGCCCGAGGCUGUUCCGGAGGUCGAGGCGGUGCCCGACGCUAUUCCAGAGGCCGAGGUGGCACCCGAUGCCGAGGCGGUGCCCGAGGCUGUUCCGGAGGUCGAGGCGGUGCCCGAGGCUGUUCCAGAGGCCGAGGCGGCGCCCAAUCCAGUUCUGGAGGCCGAGGCGGUGCCUGAUGCCAAGGCGGUGCCCGAGGCUGUUCCAGAGCCAGGGCCAGUCACCGAGGACCCUCCAGAGCCAGGGCCAGUCACCGAGGACCUUCCAGAGCCAGGGCUAGUCACCAAUUACCCUCCAGAGCCAAGUCAAGUCACUGGGUGGUCUGCUGCUCCGUUCUGGGGGACUCCGACGUUGACCACGUGGACGUGGUGGUCUUCUGCUCCGCCCUGGAGGGCUCUGACUUUGACCACAAGGCUGUGGUGGUCUUCUGCUCCGCCCUGGAGGGCUUUGAAUUUGACCACAAGGCUGUGGUGGUCUUCUGCUCCGCCCUGGAGGGCUCUGACUUUGACCACAAGGCUGUGGUGGUCUUCCUCUCCGCCCGGGAGGCCUUUGACUUUGACCACAAGGCUGUGGUGGUCUUCCGCUCCGUCCUGGUGGGCGCCUCAACAGGUCCUUCAGGGAUUUCUGUGGGUUGUUUUGGGUUUUGUUAUCUUUCCGUCUGUUCCCCUCAGUUUGUCUGGCCCUCCGUCCCUCCCCCUGUACCUCCUCCGGUCCUCCUCCCUCCUGGUCUCCCUGUUUUAUGUUUUCAUUUCUGGUGUUUGUCCCCCAUGUGUUCCUUUUCCGGCCCUCCGUCCCUCCCCCUGAGCCUCCACC